AAUCAGACUUUAAAUCAAAACCGUAGCCAGGCUUUCGUGACUUUUUUGCAUGGUCUCUGAUCUCCUUCCUUUGGGAGGUGGCUCCCUGCUUUUGGCCUGGCAACUCAAAGAUAAGCAUGUCCUCAUCGUCGGGGGUGGUGAUGUAGCCUCAGGUCGCAUCGAAUCAGUCCUCGUCGCCGAUGCUUUCAUCACUAUCGUCUGUCCCAGUCAGGGCCUUCAUCCCCUCACAAAGCGCUUUAUAGAUCGCUCGGAUCGCAUCACAUACCAUGAUCGCGUCUUCGCAGGCCCAGAGGACCUCGCCGCCGUCGAUAUGGUUUUGACGGCGAUAGACGACGUGGAAAAGUCACGUGAAAUCUGUUCUUUGUGCAGAGAGCUCAAGAUUCCUGUCAAUGUCGCUGAUAUUCCCGAGUCAUGCGAUUUCUACUUUGGCUCUCAAAUUCGUGACGGUCCGUUACAAGUCAUGAUCUCAACGAAUGGUCGAAGCCCCAAGCUGGCAAAUCUUAUUCGAAAACGUAUUGAACAGAGCUUGCCAGAGCAUGCUGGAGAUGCUAUUGAAAAAGUUGGCGAACUCAGGGCACAAUUGAAAGAGCGAGCACCCGGUGUUGGUGGGGACAUCGGGAAAAGACGCAUGCGGUGGAUGAUUGAUGUGUGUACGUCGUGGGAUAUGGAAGAGCUUGCUUUGCUGGAUAACGCCAUGAUGAAGAGACUGCUCAAUGAUGGCUGGGAGAAGAACACAGUACCGAAGUUAGAAGAAGUGGGAGGCAGGGAGAGGCGCACUCCUACCAUCAAGCCAUCAGGGAGUGUCAUUGUUCCCUCCGUAAUUGGUUUCGCUAUUGGCGCCGUAUCUGUCGGGUUAAUGUGGUGGACGCGACGGUGACGGCUCUGACAUCAACUAUCACUGUGGAAGCCGCGCCUUUUUGUGAUAGCGCCUCGAUCGAUGCGGGCUCAACAAAUAGAUUUCAUAUAGACAUGUAUCAUAAGACUUCCGUUUCACGUCGCAAUCGCUGAACAUCAUUAUGGCAUGGAUUCCUGAAAUUUCCAAGUUGGUGUGCUGUGCUAUUAGGCCUUACUGUCACCAACUGGUCCCAGAGCUAUGCAUUAUAGUCGUAAUAGUCAUUUGUUGCGACCAAGCCCGCCAUCAGCCCCACUCCAUUCGGUUUCUUACAAGCUGUUUUCAGUCUUCCCUCACGGCGACUGGACUAUCGUUUGACGUUCUAAAGUUCAUGUAGCAGACUACUGUACUACAGCAAGUUUCUUGUUCCUUGUCCCUUAGGCGUUAGCUGUAGGGUACAGCAUCCGGGCACGUGAAUAAUGAAUAUUGAAUCCGUAUAUU